GUACAGAGGAUGAGGAAGUGAUUGUCAGUCUCCACAGAUCUGGGCUCAGUGACACACAGACGUAUGGAUCCUCUGAUGCUCCUGUUUCUUCUCAUUGCUGGGCGCACAGGUGCUGACAGUGUGUCCACAGUGGGAUGGGUGACUGUACAGAGAGGAGGAUCUGUCACCAUCCCAUGUUUCUAUGAUGAAAGAUAUAAGGCACAUGUGAAAUCCUGGUGUAAAGGGAGUUAUUGGAAGCCAUGUACUCCCUUGGUACACACUGACUCUCGACAGGAGGGUAACGUGUCAAUCAGAGAUGAUCCUGACCAGCGAGUCUUCACUGUGACCAUGAACAAUCUGACAGCUGGGGACUCUGGUUGGUACUCAUGCUUUGUAAAUAUCAGUGGAGCUUCAGAUGUUGGAGAUCGGGUUUACCUGUCAGUCACUGAAGGUGUGUCCACAUUGAGACAGGUGUCUGUACAGAGAGGAGGAACUGUCACCAUCCCAUGUUUCUAUGAUGUUGGAUAUAAAACUCAUAUGAAAUACUGGUGCAGAGGGAAUAAGAGUGAUUCAUGUACUCCCAUAGUAGACACUGACUCUCCACAGGAGGGUAAAGUGUCAGUCAGAGAUAAUCCUGACCAGCGAGUCUUCACUGUGACCAUCAACAAUCUGACAGCUGGGGACUCUGAUAAGUACUGGUGUCGUGUGAAGAUCAGUGGAGGUUCAGAUGUUGAAGGUCGGGUUAAUCUGUCAGUCACUGAUGGUCCUCCAGGGCUGUCAGUGGACAAACAGGAGGUGACGGGUCUGGAAGGAGACAGUGUCAGCGUUCUGUGUCGCUAUGGAAACAAUAGACAUAGGAUGUGGUGUAAGAUCGGGGGCUCCUGUGCAUCAGAGAGAUCUGGGAGUUUGGAUGGGAGGCCUGUCCUGAUCAGGGAUGACAGAGUAAACAGAGUCUUCAGUGUGACAGUGAGGGGACUGGAGAGGAAGGACACUGGCUGGUACUGGUGUGAUAAUGGAUACCUGCAGAUCCCAGUUGAUAUUACUGUCAAACAAGGAGGGGAUAAUGAAAAACUGAGCUCUCUGGUCCAGCUGGUUCUGUAUGUAGGACUGGGCUUAUUGGUGCUGCUGUUGGUCAUCAUCAUCAUCACAUGGAAAGUGUGGGACAAACACAAGAAAAAUGUGGCUGGGGGCCAAAAUGUAGGAAGGACAACAUACUCGGAUGUCCUGGGACAGCAUGAAGUCAGCGACGCUCGGAAGAAAGCCAUACUUAUUCACUGCUUAGGCACGGAAGGACGGCAGAUCUUUCGGACGCUCGGACCUGCGGAGAUGUAUGAAGACGCUGUUUCGCUCCUGGGUUCUCACUUCGCAGCUCCACAAAGUGUCAUCCUGUGGCAGAUUCUUUUUCGCCGAAGGCGACAGCAGCCGGGUGAGUCCGUACAUCAGUACGUGGCUAAUCUGCGUGGUUUAGCCAGUCUUUGUAAAUUUGGUGGCAUGCAGGAUGAAUUCAUUCGUGGUCAGCUGGCUGAACACUCUAACCACCCUAAAAUUAGAGAGCGACUGUUGACGGCAGCACAUGACCUCGCUAUCGCUAUACAAGUCGCGUUUAAAAUUGAAACAGCAGCGGAGUUUACGUCUAAAUUACCUUACCCCGCUGUCACCUCGCUCCCUGCACAAUAUGUAUCUGCAUCACAGCCACCUUCGUCAGGACUAUCUGAAGUUGGUUCAGAUGUGCAUUAUACACCGCGAAAGCAACAACGACAACGCUGUGGGAAUUGUGGCUCAUUCUCCAAUGUGUCGACCUGCCCGUCCGAUCCUCCUGGAUGCCGUGGAAUCCCCGUGUUUACCAGCUGUUUCGAAGUGUCUUCAUUAGUUUUGUGUAUUUAUGUCCAGUCCGAGCUUGCCAUAUCAUGACGCCGUGUUACUGGGGUCCGGAGCUGUCCUGCCCAUGGGCAACGGUGCCAGCGCUGUGACAAAGUUAACCAUUUUGCCAAAGUAUGCCGGUCGACCCCUGCAAAUUCUACAGCGCUGUCACUCUCCACUGCACCUCCAUCUGCUUCUACAACUAUUCACACUGCCAGCUUUUAAAACCUGUACUGCAGAGCUGGACAAAGUCUGCCUUCCCCUCUUAUUGGGUACUGGGGCCACAUUCACUUAAUCUAGAUACUGUACGGUAGUUUUUUUCCCAUGUGCCACUUUCUAAGGCCGUUCCUGCUCCAUGUGGCUAUGGCACUUCCAAAAUUCACAUGUUAGGCUCCAGCCGGCUAUCAGUCCGCUGUGGCUCUAAACUAGUCCCAGACUUUCCCUUUCACGUCUCCCACCAUUUUGCCAACAUGGGCCUUGACUUUUUUACUGCCCUUGGAUUCUUCCUACUGGAUACGACUGGAUCUGCCGUUUUAACUUGCCAUGGCAGCAGCAGUCCCCUGUUGGAGGGCGUAGGCUGUCUCUCCACAUUUAAUCACCAACCCCUACUUGUCCCAUCUAUAACUUCAGUACUUCAGCUCCCAUGUUGAGUCCCCUGGCCCUUCAUGAUGGUGUUGCUGCUGAGCUGCACCACCUGUUGGAGGCAGACAUUAUUGAGCUAGUUGAUGCUUCUCAGUGGAUCUCAAAUCUGGUGAUAGCUAAGUAGAAAUGCAGGAGUCUGUGUCUCUGUGUCGACCUCCGGGCUGUAAACAAGGCCGUCGUCCCUGACAUGUACCCCCUCCCUUCCAUAGUAGAAGUCACUUCCCACUUUCAUGGCUCGAUGGUCUUCACAAAACUGGGCCUUCGUCGGAGCUAUCUGCAGAUCCCUCUCCAGCCUGACAGCCAGAAUCUCACGGCUUUUGUGACACAUGCUGGAGUGUUUCAGUGCACAUGGAUCUCAUUUGGGCUUAGCUCUGCCCCCAGCUGCUUCCAGAAGAUUAUGACUACCAUCUUCACUGGCAUACCUGGGGUGAUUAUCUACCUCGAUGACAUCAUGGUCCAUGGAUUCUGCCUCACGGCUGAGGGCCUCAUUCCACUUCAACCUAAUAUUGAGGCCAUUCAGCGUAUUUCUGGACCCACGAAUGCUAACCAGGUUGUCUCUUUCCUGGGCAUGACAGCUUAUUACCUGUGUUUUUUGCCUCACUACUCCGCUACCACAGCUCCAUUACAUCAGCUGCUGCAGAAAGAUGCAUUUGGAUGCCAGCCUGCUUUGAGGCUUUCCAGCUCCGGAAGUCCCAUCUCACAUCACCUCCUAUCCUGGCAAACUUUUCCCUCUCCUGCCCCACCUCUGUCGCCUGUGAUGCCUCAGCUGUGGCAGUUGGAGCUGUACUGUCACAGCUGCAGGAUGGAGUGGACUGGCCCAUUGGCUCUGCCUCCCGUGCUCUCACCCCCACCGAACGAAAAUAUUCCGUGGGCGAACGUGAGGCUCUAGCCUGUGUCUGGGCCUGUGAGCGGUGGCACAUGUAUCUUUAUGGCAGGGCAUUUACACUGCGCACUGACCACUAGGCCCUGACAGCCUUGCUUGCAACAGCUAGUACAGGAUGCAAACCACAAUGACCGGUGGUCUGAGCAACUGCAGCAGUACAAUAUCAUCCUGUUUUACCCCAGGUUGUGAUAACGUUGUGGCAGACCUGCUGUCCCGCUACACCCAGUAUCCUGCAGCACCUGACUCCAUCUCUCAGGAACCAGACCUCAGCCAGAUGAUGCACACACCACUGAAGGCAGCUGUCUCCUUUGAUGAACUCCG